AUGGUCAAGAAGAGAAAGAACAAGUACGAAUUCCUACCCAAUUUCCCACGCAUGCGCAUCGCUACGAUUUCGAGCUCGCCCCUUGACGACGACGGCCGCAACAAGAAGGGCCGCGGCCACGUCAACCCUAUUCGCUGCAGCAACUGCGCUCGCUGCACCCCCAAGGAUAAGGCCAUCAAGCGCUUCACCAUCCGCAACAUGGUUGAGUCUGCUGCUAUUCCUUUGCUAACAUUGUGUCCUGCAGGUGACAUCUCCGAUGCCUCGGUUUUCGCCGAGUACACCGUGCCCAAGAUGUACCUUAAGCUGCAGUACUGCGUCUCUUGCGCCAUUCACGGCAAGAUUGUCCGGCCGGCGUAUGUGCUUCAGAUGAACCUUGGCGCAUUUGAAAAACAACACUCCUCCAAGUAUUACCCCCGGCCGAGAGAACAAUGCGCUAACAGUGACAUCUGCAGUGUCCGAUCCCGCGUCGGCCGCCGCAACCGUGCCCCCCCUCCCCGUGUCCGUUUCAACCGCGAUGCCAAGAAGGUCACUCCUACUGCCCCUAAGGCUUAA